AUGAUCAAGUCGAGUAUACUCGCAUGCAGAGCAAUACCGACCUGUCAAGUUCGUUCUUGGUUUUCCAUCCGUCCAUAUACUCGUGAACAGCGUUUCAUUAAGGCCUUCGAGAAACAGGAAGAACGUCUUAAACGCAGGAGUCUGCGUAAACAGGAUUUCCCCAUAGUACUCCAGUCAGAGUUUAGUAAAAAAUUAGAAACUUCUCGAGAACAUGUUGCGUCUCGUUCAUUGAAGCCCGGACCCGAAGACAUGACAAAUUCGAGCAAAAUAACGCUACAUGGUCCCGAGGCUCUGAAGCAAAUUGAAAGCCAACCGCAAAACGAUUCGUUCAGGAGUCUUAAUGUUCGUUGCGCAGGUUGUGGUGCCUAUUUACACUGUGGAAUCCCAGGGACACAUGGUUUUCUUCCGGAACCCGAGUUAAUCAAAUUGCUAAGAAAUGAAACGUCCCAAAGAGGUCGGAGGCGUGUCAAUACUCUGCCCACAGUAUGUGUUCGUUGUCAAAUUAUUAAUCAACAUAAUACUCUUCUAAACGAUUCCUUAUCUCCCGACAAAUAUGAAACACAAGUUGUCGCUGAGUUGAACAACCAAGAAGCUUCUACGGUCCUCCUCGUCGCAGAUAUGACAAACCUCCCACAUUCUGUGGUGCCAUUGCGUCUUUUAAAGCCCUCUAUUCAUAAGAUUAUUUUGAUCGGGAAUAAAGUGGACCAAUUACCAAUUGAUGGUCCAAAGUUUCAUUUGAGGUGGAGUCGGGCCCUCUUAGAUGCAUUUGUUGAAGCAUCGGGAUUAAAGGAAGACAGUGUUUCUCAUAUUGCUCUAAUCAGUGCCCUCACCGGAUAUGGUGUGCAGACAUUACUUGAUUUCCUUUUGUCGAAAAAAUCUGGUAUUUUUGGGAAUCCAGUGUAUAUUGUCGGUUCCACAAAUACGGGAAAGUCGAGUCUGUUCAAUAAACUUCUUCUGUCGGACUUGUGCAAAUCGGAAGCUAGAAAUUCUAUUCAUCGUGCAACGGUCUCCUUUUGGCCAGGCACAACGGUCGGGUUGCUAAAGUUCCCCUUAGCUCGAAUGUCAUUCGUCAAUCGUGCAGCUCGUGAUGAGUCCAAGUACGUGUCCGAGCGCACCCUUAAGGCAGCAGUCAAGUCGCAGGACCACGAAAUUUACGGAUAUAAAAUAGUGAAAGAAGGGAACGAUAUUUUACCCAUGGCCCCUUCGAACAUCAACGCUCGCGUUAAUCGCGUCAGGGACUCAUCUCAGGACCUCUCAGCUAUGCCUACCUUCCGUUUCUGUCGUGAAUCAAAUGGCACCGGCGACAUUGUUGACUCCGACAUGGGUCUGAAGAACAUGCUGCAGGGGCAGUUAGGUGUACUGGCAACUAUCGAAAGAGACCCAGCCGCCGGCAAUCGCGUUAUUAUCAGCGAAACUCUGGAUUCCAGGCAUUUCAAUGCACGUGCAUGGUGCUAUGACACACCCGGAUUGGCGAGUCCCGGCCAAAGUCUCAACUUUUUAUCAGGAGAUCAGCUGUUUGAAUACUUGUCUUUAAUCAGUGGCAAGAAGAGUGACUUCCACUAUCCUGAACGUCGAUUUUUACUGCCGAGAACGUUUGUUCUUCGACCGAAUCUCACGAUGCUUAUUGGGCGGCUCGGUAGAUUGGAUGUUCUCUCAUCGGAUGGCCCUGUCUACUUGACUACACAGACACGGCUUCCCGUUCACAUUGUUGAAACAAAUGACGUAAGCGCAUACUGGACCGAAUAUGCUCUAUUCCUCGGUCCCGGUUGCUCUUUCGCCGAAGGUGCUUCUGACGAACAGUCCAUCCCGCCGAUGACUCCCAUUGACCUCGAAACCAUUCACCCGACAGGCUUGGAGCAGUCUGUCGCCGAUGUUGUUCUGUCUGGUGCAGGUAAGUAUUUUUUUUUCGAAUAG